CACCUGUGUAAGUCGAACGUGCUGGGGUUUGAUAAUCAGCAUGGAGGCGGGCGAGGUCCUCCGACGUUGCGGGGGCCGAAUGGAGAAGCCGCUCGCCGGUGCCCCGGGCUGCUGAGCUCCCGCCGCUCCCCGCGGCUCGGCCGCCCAGCCAUGCUAGCCUCGCGGGUGGCGCGCGCCUCGUGGGGGACCCUGCGCGUCGCCGCAUGGGCGCCGGGAGUGCGGCCAGGCAAGGGGCGCGCCCGCGGGGCAGUGCUGCCCGCCGCGUCCUGCUGCCUGGGCUGCCUGGCAGAGCGCUGGUGGCUGCGCCCGACCGCGCUCGGCCUACGCCUGCCCGGGACUGGCCCGCGGGCCCAUUGCUCGGGAUCGCGGAAGGCGGCCCCUGGGUCUGCGGCUGGAGAGGACGUCGCCGCCGAGGCCCGGAGCGGCCGGUGGGGUCCAGCGAGCGCCGCCAGCCUGUAUGAAAACCCAUGGACAAUCCCAAAUAUGUUGUCAAUGACGAGAAUUGGCUUGGCUCCAGUUUUGGGCUAUUUGAUUAUUGAAGAAGAUUUUAAUAUUGCACUAGGAGUUUUUGCUUUAGCUGGGCUAACUGAUUUGUUGGAUGGAUUUAUUGCUCGAAACUGGGCCAAUCAAUCAGCUUUGGGAAGUGCCCUUGAUCCACUUGCUGAUAAAAUACUUAUCAGUGUCUUAUAUGUUAGCUUGACCUAUGCAGAUCUUAUUCCAGUUCCACUUACUUAUAUGAUAAUUUCAAGAGAUAUAAUGUUGAUUGCUGCUGUUUUUUAUGUCAGAUAUCGAACUCUUCCAACACCGCGAACACUUUCUAAGUAUUUCAAUCCUUGCUAUGCCACUGCUAGGUUAAAACCAACCUUCAUCAGCAAGGUAAACACAGCAGUCCAGUUAAUCUUGGUGGCGGCUUCUUUGGCAGCUCCAGUUUUCAAUUAUGCUGACAGCAUUUAUCUUCAAAUCCUGUGGUGUUUUACAGCUUUCACCACAGCUGCAUCAGCUUACAGUUAUUAUCAUUAUGGUCGGAAAACUGUUCAGGUGAUAAAAGGCAGAUGAAAGUCAUCCAUCAUCAUUCGCAAAGAAGCCAUAUACAUCAUCAGCUGCGGCAGGGCCAGUGAAAAUCUAUAGAGUUCCCUUAUUUUGGUGUUCAGCUUGAAAAAGGACUUGUCAGAACAAACCAUGUCAUCAAAAUUUAAGUAAUGUGCAUUGAAAAUAAGCUUGAUCAUGGGCAUAUGCAGAAUUUCCAAUGUAUUUUAAAUACAAAUAAAAUUAUAAUUUAGAAUUUUUUA